CCGGACGACGGUGAUGAGGUGGUGAAGGUGGUCGGCGGCGGCGCAGAGUUGGUAGGGGAAAACGCCGUCGUAUGCGUGCUGCGUUAGGGCAAGGCAGUGGGAGAAGGUUGAAUUGCAGGCUAAGUCAAAUUCGAGCGAGUUGAAGGGCGAUAUGAAAUCUACACUAAUGGGUAGUCUCCAAUUCCAUUUUCCUCAAUUGGGUCUUCGCCAAGACCUCACGAACCCAAGCCUCCAUUGUUGUACGGCAGCUCCACCUCCAAAUAUCAUAUGUGGCCUUAGAAAGGGCUUGAGAAAGCCCUUAGGGAGGUCAAGGGUGCCCUCCAUUGAGGCUAUUCAAGCAGUUCAGUCUCUCAAGCUCGCUAAAUCCACCUCCAAAAUGGAAGACGUUAUCAAUAGCAAGCUCAGCAGAUUGCUGAAAGCAGACUUGUUUGAUGCUCUUACUGAAUUACAGAGGCAAAAUGAACUGGAAUUAUCGCUUCAGGUCUUCAAAUUUAUCCAAAAUGAAGAAUGGUACGAACCAGAUUUAAGGUUGUAUCAUGGGAUGAUUCUGAUGACGGGAAAGAACAAAAUGAUUGAAAUGGCUGAAGAGAUCUUCCAUAAGUUAAAAAAGGAUGGGUUAGAACCAGACAUAAGAGCUUUUAAUGAGAUGAUGGGAGCAUAUUUGCAAGUGGACAUGGUUGAAAGAGCAGUUGAGACAUAUGAAUUAAUGAAAGCAUCAGGUUGUACUCCAGAUAAACUGACUUUCAAGAUCUUGAUCAAGAACCUAGAGAAAUUUAGGGAAGAAUUUGCUGCAGUGGUGAAGAAAGAAUGUAAUGUAUAUUUGGAUUCGCCUGAGAAGUUCCUCAAUGAUGUCGAACAGAAAUCGACCGCGAAAGGUCGAAUUCUUUAAUCAUGGACUUGGUAAGUUUUGGGAAUGUAUUUUAAAUAAAGAGAUCAACGUCUUUUGGGAUUUUGUUUUUUCUUUUUGGCUUUGGAAUUGGAAUGUUACUAACCAGGAAAAUUUUUUAGAACUAUCUUAAUAUCUAUUAUUCCCUUUCAUUA